UACUUAGGGGUAAUUGUGUCAAUUUGGCAAUUUUUGAUUCAAUUUUAAUGUACUUUUCGACUAGGUAAUCAAAUCUAGCAGCAUGGCUGACAAACAAGACGUAAAAGUUGUCGAAAAGAUUAAUCAUGAGGAAGAAGAUGACAUUGAAGUUAAUGGUGUAGAAGAAAAUAUAGACGAAAGUGCCAAAUCUAAGAAGAAAAGAAAGAAGAGAAAAAAGAAAAAAGUUGGUGAAGAGGAACCAGAAAAUGCUCCUGAUGAGAUUGAUGAAAUUCUGAAUCAGCUUAAACUACAGGAUACACCAACAGUAAAUGGUGUCGAAGAUGGUGAGGGUAAAAAAAAGAAGAAAAACAAAAAGAAGAAAGCUGGAGAAGAAGGAAGUGAAAGUAAAGAUGUUAAAGGAGAAAUAGCUGAAGGUGAAGCAGAGAAAGAAGAUGGUGGAAAGAAAAAACUCAAUAAAAAGAAGAAAGGUGGUGCUCCUACUAAACAAACUACACCGCCAACAAUACCUAUAUCUGAUCUCUUUCCUAAUGGUAAUUUUCCUGAAGGUGAAGUUUGUGAAUAUCCUAUACCACAAGAUAUGAGAGGAGCUAAAGACAGAUCAACAGAUGAAGAAAAGAAAGCUUUAGAGAAAGCUCAGUACUAUUUAUAUGAAGAAGUACGACAGGCAGCUGAAGCACAUAGACAGACCCGACAAUAUAUGAAAUCUAUUCUAAAACCAGGAAUGCAGAUGUUUGACAUCUGUGAAACGUUAGAAGGAACAGCAAGAAAACUAAUCAAUGAGAAAGGUUUGGAAGCAGGAUUAGCUUUUCCUACUGGUUGUUCUUUAAAUCAUUGUGCUGCACAUUAUACGCCAAAUGCAGGAGAUAAAACAGUUUUACAGUAUGAUGAUGUGUGUAAAAUAGAUUUUGGAACACAUGUUAAUGGUCAUUUGGUUGAUUGUGCAUUUACUUUAACUUUUAAUCCAAAAUAUGAUGAAUUAUUAAAAGCUGUUAAAGAUGCAACUAAUACAGGAAUCCGAGAAAGUGGUAUUGAUGUUAGGUUGUGUGAUAUAGGUAAAUCUAUCCAAGAAGUAAUGGAAUCGUAUGAAGUAGAAUUAGAUGGAAAAUCUUAUCAAGUAAAAUCUAUUCGUAAUUUAAAUGGUCACUCUGUGUCACAAUACAGAAUACAUGCUGGUAAAACAGUUCCUAUCGUAAAAGGUGGUGAAGCUACAAGAAUGGAAGAAGGUGAAUUUUAUGCAAUAGAGACAUUUGGAAGUACAGGAAAAGGUGUUGUACAUGAUGAUAUGGAAACAUCACAUUAUAUGAAGAAUUUUGAUGUAGGAAAUAAUGUUGCUGUUAGGGUGGCCAAGUCAAAACAAUUACUACAAGUUAUAAAUCAGAAUUUUGGUACAUUAGCAUUUUGUCGACGUUGGUUAGAUAGAUUAGGACAAACCAAAUACCUCAUGGCUUUGAAGAACCUGUGUGAUGUUGGUAUUAUUGAUCCUUAUCCUCCACUGUGUGAUAUUAAAGGCAGCUAUACAGCACAGUUUGAACACACAAUAUUACUACGCCCAACUUGUAAAGAGGUGCUAACACGAGGAGAUGACUAUUAGUCUUCUAUUAUUAAACUAGACAAUAAUGUUUGUUAUUCAAGUCUCAAAAUUUCAUCAGUUUUUUUUCAAGUGGAAUUUUAGAGGCUUUUAAUCAAUCAGCUUUUGUUCGUUAAUGUUCAUGAAGUUCAUCUGGAGAAGGGAAACGGCACCAAGCAUUAAAAUGUUCAUGUAUUGUUACAAAUCUUACUGAUGUGUUAUGCCAGAGUUAUUUUAUAAUCAUUGGCUUAAAGCCAUUGGGAAAUGUGAAACAGUAUGGUGGGCCAAUCUGUCUUGAUACGCAUUCGGGUAUUGUGGGAUUUGGUUAUUAUUAUGGCAUGGUAACAUGUUAUUGUGUAAUAAUAUAUCAUGUAUAUUAAUAUAGAUUUAAUAUAAUAAUGUGGAAGAAGAUCACUAUAUCAAUAUUGUAUCCAACAAAACAUACGACAGACAACCCACCACAAGACAACAUCCCUCUCACAGAUGAACCAGUGUUACCGGGUGUUCAUUUGUAUUCAGCAAAUCUAUCAGUUUUAAAGCAUAGGGUAGAUCUGUAUUGGUAAUGUUUGUUCCAGUUUAAAUUUUAUAGAUGACAAUAUUGUUUAAGCAUUUGUGCGACUCCAUUUUCUAGAAAAAUAUAUUAUAUAAAAUUAGUUAAUAGUUAGACAUUUUAUGAAAUUUGUAAUAUUCUUUUUACUCAGGUUCUAAAACUAGAAGCACAAACCUGCAACUAACUGUAUUUUAUGAAGUAUACAUCUUUAACAUAUUGUAGUCAUGAUAUUAUAUUAGUAUAUCAAAUUGGACAUUGUAGUACAAGGAGUUUUCCUGUGGAGAAUGAACGUUAUUAAAACAGUUAAAAAAGAUAUUGUUUUUAGAAGGCAUGAAUUUUUUUUUAGGCAUAAAACAAUUGUGAAUGGCCUGUGGUAAUCUAAAUGGUAAUAUUGAUUCAUGAGAUCAGGAAUUAAAGGAUUAAACUUAAAACCUGGGAUAUUGAAACAAAUGUAGCAUAGAAAUAAUGCAAACUUGGACAUUAUUUUAGCAUUGAUAAAUUUAAACAUUAAUUUCUUUGCUCUUUAGUAAAUAGUUAUAAAUUAAAUAUACAAACGUGUAAAUCUCAGCUGUCAAAAUACACUGUAUGUUAAAACUAGAUUUGUUUUUUCAUAAAUUACAACCAUUUAAAAAUAAUUAACAUUUUAUAGGAAACACCACCAUAGGUCAUGGUAUUAUUUUUCUUGGGUUAGAUAUCAGCGUAUAUGAAAGUGUAGGAGGGUAUAUACUCUUUUGUUUGAAGAGCUAAAUAAUGGUCAGUGAAAAUGUGUAAUGGUGCAUUGACAAUAGAAAAUAUAUCUAUAUUUAAACAAACUAAUUUCACAUGUUGGGUUGGUCAUGGCUGUUAACAUCAGAAACUAUAUUUGAUGUAUUCUGUAAAUACAAUGUAAACAGUUUAUCUGUUAUUCUUCUCAUCCAUCAGUGCUAUAUUCUAUGAAUGAACAGAAAUAAAAAAAAACAUGUUUGAUUUA